AUGUUCGACUGGGCCGGUUUGUUAUUAAAGGCAGUCUACUAUUAUGGACACCUAAUUGGACUUAGCAACUUUGAAUUCGACUGGCGGACUGGACGCGUUUUCACAGCAAAAAGAAGCACAUUCUAUGCCAUUGCGAUCAAUGCCAUUAUUUUUAUGCUUCUGAUUUUACAAAGUACCAAGAAAUUGGAUCUCAAUAUGAUUAUCGGCAGGUCAAACAAGCUGGUCCAAUAUGUUCUCAUUAUUGUACUAGGAAUGAGGAUAGCAGCAGGGUUUUCCGCCAUACUCGUCAGAUGGCGUCAAAGGACCCAGAUGAUGCGCUUGACCAAGAUGGUGAUUCGUAUAUUUCUGCAAAAACCACAGGUGAUAAGGAUGUCCCGCUGGGAUAUUCUUAUCAAGUUCAUCCUUGCCUGCACCACCGACUUCCUCCAAAUGGCAAUCACCUGGAAUGCAAUGGGUCAUUCGGAAGCCAAUCAAAUUCUACCGAUGGUUGUGCAGUUUUGGAUGUCGGCCGUUAUAAAUCUAGCCACUUCGCAGCAUUAUCUAGUAAUACUUUUCGUUCGGGCAUACUAUCAUCUGCUAAACAGGGAGCUGCGUCAGGUGAUUGAAGAGUGCAAAGAGUUAAGUAACCAUCCACAGCGAAAGGGUGCUUUCAUGACCAGGUGUUGUUCUCUGUCGGAUCGGUUGGAAAUUAUAGCUAAGCUCCAAACUCAACUGCAGUCAACUGUGACUCAGUUGCAUGAGGUAUUCGCAUUACAAGGUCUAAUGGUGUUCGGCGGAUACUAUAUAUUAUCGAUAGCUACCGCCUACCUCACCUACAGUAUCCUUAAAAAUGGCUACGAAAAUCUGGAGAUGACUUUGGUAAUGAUGAUCCUGUCCUUCACUUGGAGCUUCUUUUUCUACCUCGACGCAAUCCUCAAUCUGUUCAUGACACUCAAUUUAAUUGAUGAUCACAAGGAGAUGAUUCGUCUACUGGAUCAGCGAACAAUAUUUGCCUCUCGAUUGGAUGUCCGUCUAGAAGAAACUUUUGACAGUAUGCAACUGCAGAUGAUACGGGACCCGUUCAAAAUAAAAAUAUUCAAAACAUUCACCAUUACUCGCAGUUCUACUUCGGUCAUGUUUGGAUCUCUAAUAACGAAUUCAAUAUUCCUUAUUCAAUAUGACUUGGAAAACUUUUAA